CCUCGUACUUUGUGUGUAUGUGUGUGUGGUUUUUAUUUAGGUUUUUUUUUUCUUAAAAAAAAACUAGGGGCGUUAAUGUAGACACACAUGGGACAAGGGGCAUCACCGGAUUGGGCCUUACAGAGUUGUCUUAAUUUUUCUUCGUUCCAUAGUGACAUUUCUUUGCUUGCCAAGAAACAGUUAUUUACAGUAUAUUUGUGUAUCAGUAAAAGCACUCCCGUUAAAUAUAGAUGAUCUUCAGCACAGAGGGAGUUUUAAUGAUUUAGAUUUCUAGAUUUCUGUUUUUUUGGGUUAGUUUUGUUUUGUUGUUUUCUGUUUUAAAAACAAAAUCACACUUUUUAAGCUGUAACGUGUUAUGUGAUUAGUCAGUUAUUGUGACCUCUCAUUAGUUCACGCAAGCGCCACCUUGUGGUCACAGUCAGUCAUCCAAUAGUUUGUUGCAAGGUCCACAACCAGAUCCAGUUUCGUCGUUGGAACAUAACAAACAAGGAUCACACAGUUGAUAAUCUAACAGUACACAGUGUUGGGAAAAUAUUGUCGGACCGAAACGGAAGCCAAACGACAUAAAUCUGGGACUCUGGGAUCAAGCUGUGCUGGUUCGUGGUGAAUCGUCAUGCGCCGGUCAUAAAUACGGGAUAUAGAGAAGAAGAUCGAAAUAGAGAAAGGGAGGAAGCUGUGAAAGGGACGUAAUCGCGGUUUUUCUCAUCACACCAAGGGAGUGAACUGUGCCACCGUUUAGUUUUGUUUUAUUUUAGUGAUGUGAAGUGCCGCAAUUAGAAGCACGAAACUGUGAAGGAAAGGUAAAAAAAAGUUUUACCUCUCUGAUUGUCCGAUCCUUGGGAUAAUUGGUCAUUGGGAUAAGGGCGCUAGGAAAAAGAUCUACACCAGCCCAAUGGUAGACUCUAUGUUCAGUGUCAUUCACGAGCAGACGGUGUGGUCACUUAAGUCCUCUGUCAUGAGGAUGGUGACCAACACGAUGGGUCAGCAGGAGAUCGUGGUACUCAUAGCCGUGGACGGAGGCGAGGAUUCUGAAUACGCAUUUCACUGGUACGUGAAUCACUUCCACAAGGCAGAGAACAGGUUGAUAUUAGUUCAUUGUCCAGAGACUUAUGCCAACGUCACUAUGAUGAGUCCAGGCAGAGUCCAGGAACUGAUUAAAGAAUGUGAAACGAAAGUCAAAAGCAUCCAAGACAAAUUUUUAGAAAAGAUGAAGUCACACGGUAUCCAGGGGGAAUUCAUCCGGCUCAACGGCGAUAAGCCAGGCUACCAGAUUGUCGAAUGCGCUGUCAACAAGAAAGCCACUUUUAUAGUUACUGGCACUCGCGGCCAGAGCAAAGUCAGGCGCACCAUCAUGGGCAGCGUCAGCGACUACAUCGUUCACCACUCGCCCAUCCCUGUCCUAGUCUGCAGACACAAGUUGCCUUCAGAGAUUGAGAAAGAGGAGAAAGAGAGAUUGAAGAAGGAAGUGAAAGAGAAAUCAGCAGCCCCAGCCAGCAAAGAGAAGAAAGAGGAUAAAAAACACUGAGCUCUCCACACGUGACGUCUUGAGAAAUACAGACAGGAAGCUCUCCACACAUGACAUCUCGAGAGUCCCAAUGCAAUUUCGUGUAUAAGUUCACAUAAAAAAAAAAGAAUAAACAUAUAUUCCGCGUAAAACAUAGGCUGCAACAGGGACUCAAUAUAAAAUGUAUGAAAGGUAUUUGUUUUUGUUCUGUUCAGGUUAGUGAAAAUUUUUUUAAUGCGCAUAACAAAACUAAAUUCUUAGGCAGCAAAAUGACAUGAUAGCACAAAUUUAGUAGUUUCAAGUUGACAAGUUUUAAUGAGAUGUAGCUACAGAAUAGCUAGCUCUACACGCUCGAGACGCAUGAAAGCUUAUGGGUUCAAUUAUAAUGAAGGCUACAUAGAUUGUUCUUUUUUUACGCUAAAACAAAGGUUAAUAAUUUUCAUAUAGAUUACAUAAAUCCAAAGGUUAGGUUUUCAGUUUCAAAUCUUGCUUAGAGCCGUCCCAGAACCUGUAGAAAUACAAACCUAACAUAUAUUUAAUCAUACAUGUAAACUAUUAUUUGCAUAAAUUAUGAGUAUGACUGAUUAUUAACAGCAUGUAAAGUUAGCACCAAACUGGCCUAUUAUUGUACCAAAAUGUCAAUGUCAGUACUGUGAAUGCUGGUCAUUUUUUGUCAAAUCAAUGCUGUUCAGAAUGGUCAUUUGUUGUCAAAUCAAAGCUGUUAUUUAUUGUACGCUGCUAGAAAACUGAAUGAAAACAAGGAAUGUCCUCCAAAUGUGAUCUAGAGCUGAUCACUCAUUUUACAUCAGGGGAGAUACGUUUUAUACCCGGGGAGGUACGUUUUACACCCGGGGAGGUACGAUAUUGCAUGGGAGAUUAUGUUAUUUUAAAUGGUGUGUGAUUUUUCUCAUUUUGAAUAGUAGACCUGUGAUUGUGUUUAUUUGUUUAAGUGCUGCCAACAGUAUGUAUUUCUUUAUAAGCAUUGAGAUCUCUUUAUAACUUCAUUUAUAAUUUUUUAAAAGUUAUUCUAAAACUGCACACUUAAUUUAAAUGCACUAUAAGAUCUGUAUAGUUAUUACUUAGCCUACAGGUUAAAAUUAGCUAUUCCUCCGUAUUAGCAUUCAGUACGGGCUAUGAAAUAUUUCCUUAAGUUAGGCUACUUUCGUAGUUUUAUUGGAACAAUAUUGUAUUGAUUUGUAGGUCAAGUGUGUUAUUUUUUGUGUGAAAAGCUUGAUAGCCUAUUACUUAUUACUAUGUAUGCAUGUCUUUUAUUGACACACAAUGUUAAGUUUGGACUACCGAGGGAAAAAGAAUGUUACAUAAUGAUUAGGAAAUAUAAUGUCCUUACUCCAUACCAACAAGGCUUUAGGAUAUGUAGACCAUGUGAAACACAACUCAUAUGACUAAUUCAUGAUUUUUCAAAAGGCUUAGAUAAUAUUGAUCAAAUAGAUGCUAUUUUAUUAGAUUUUUUCAAGGCAUUUGACAAAGUUCACCACCAUAGCUUGCUUAAAAAAAUAUUUAAGCAUUGCUGGUUCAUUAAAUCAUUCGAUUCAGGAUUUUCUGAUAGGGAUACAAUAAACUGUAAUAAUAAAUGGCUCUAAAUUAUCACCAAUAACAUUAAACUCAAGUGUACCUGAAGGAAUAGUGUUAGGUCCACUACUAUUUCUAAUUUACAUAAUGAUUUACAAAAUAGCAUUAGUUCUUGGAACAAAAGUCAGAUUAUUUGCAGACGAUUGCAUAAUUUAUAGAACAAUAAAAACAACACAAGAUACACACAUUUUACAUACAGAAUUAGAUGAAUGACAGAAAUAGGAAUCCAAUUGGAGCAGGUUUUUCCACCCAGAAAAAUGUCAUUAUUAAGAAUAAUAAAUAAAAAUUAAAACAAAUAAAUACCACUUCUCUUAUUCACACUAAAAACUACAAAUACCUAAGCGUUGUAAGAAAUGAAAAUAUAUCAUGGAAUCCCCAUAAUAAUGAAAUUAUUUUUAAAAAAUCAAACAAAGCAUUAGGGUUUAUUAAAAGAAAUUUCUGCAAAUCAAUAAGAACAUGAUAUUUAAAAUGUUAUUUAACCUUGGUUUAAACAAUAGUAGAAUAUGCUCUGUUUGGGACCCCUCAACUCAAGACAACAUUAAGAAACUAAAACAGACACAAAAUAAAGCGGUCAGAUUCAUAGCAAAUGAAUAUUCCCAUUUGAUUAGAGUAACACUUUUAGUAAAAUACUUAAAUUUAGAGACCCUACCAGGAUAGAAGAAUAAGAAGUAAAGUAGCAAUUAUAAUAAUAAUAAUAAUAAUCUUUAUUAUCCGUAAGGAAAUUUGUCUUACAAUUUAUACUUAAAACACUGAACCAUAAUCUUCAAAUAGUGGCGUAUUAAUUAAUGAAAAAACAGUACAAUUGUGGACAUUCAUUUUGGUGCCCCUCAAGUGGGUGAAAUUUGGAUACCCCUUCCUCCACCCUAGCUACGCCACUGAAUUCGCUUCAUAAAAUGUGUACUUAUAUUUUUCAAAGACAUUGUAAUUAGGAAAUGAUCAAUUUUCAGCUCGUAUUUUCUUGAUGAAGAUUUAUCUGGCCUGUUGUCAAUUUAAUUUCUAGAGAAGUCAAUCUUAUUUCUAGAGAAGUCAAUUUUAUUUCUAGAGAAGUCAAUCUUAUUUUCUAGAGAAUUGUGCAGUGCCGAAGCUUCUGUGAUUGAGAUGCAGAAAUCGUUUAUUUUCUCUUGUAUUAGGCCAUAUUUAUAGAUGGCAAACGUUCCUUCCUUGUAUGUAGGCCAAUCUGGCCAAUCCAUUGUAUCUCCUUUUGGUUGCAUGUACACAUUGUAUUUUCUUUUGGUUGUGUGAAAAAAAAAUCUCUUUCUGGUUGUAUACAUACAAUGUAUUUCCUUGCGAUCGUUUAUGUAAUUUGUGUGUAUGUGUGUGUGGUUGUUAUUACUUGUAAAAUAAAGAAUUUAUAAAUAAAAUCAAACGAUUGAAGGAAAAUUU